AAUCCCGCGGCUGUUCGCCGCCUUGCUCCCGCCUCCUUUCGUGCGUUCGUCGUUCGUGCGUGUGCUGCGCCGUGACGUGACGCUGAUGCGGUUGCUGUGGGCCGCGGCUGUCUCUGAAGGAACUGAGGGUUGCUGCGCCGGCUCCGGAAGCGCGGCCGCUGGAAAGAGGCGGGUCCCGGGCGCUGCGUUCGGAACCGCCCGGGGCCGAGAUGCGCCGGGCCCGCUGUGCCCUGUUCCCCGGGGCCCUGCCGCGGAGGCGGAGGCGGGGCGACCGUGCAGGAACAGGGAGAUUUUGGCUCUGCGGGUGCCCAACUGAUUUUGAACCCGUGCAUUGAAACAACUGAGACCGAGAACCGUGGUUUGCUUUCAACUACUGAUCAUCCUCGGUUCCAAAGUAUCUCAGCAUGGGGAGGAUCAGCGUCUCCUGCCUGUUUCCUGCUUCCUGGCAUUUUAGCAUCUCUCCAGUGGGAUGCCCUCGAAUUCUGAACACCAAUCUGCGCCAAAUUGUUGUUGUUGGCAUCCUGGCUGCCACUGUUUCUUUGCUGUAUUUCUCUGUCAUCAUAAUACGACAUAAGUAUGGGCGUUUGUCCCGGGAUAAGAAGUUUCACAGGUAUCUGGCCCGAGUGACUGACAUUGAAGCUACUGACACCAACAACCCCCACAUCAAUUAUGGCGUCGUCGUGGACUGUGGGAGCAGCGGAUCCCGGAUUUUUGUCUAUUGCUGGCCUCGGCACAAUGGCAAUCCACACGAUCUGUUAGAUAUCAGACAAAUGAGGGACAAAAACCGAAAGCCAGUCGUCAUGAAAAUAAAACCAGGCAUAUCAGAGUUUGCUACCUCACCAGAAAAAGUCAGCGAUUAUAUUUCUCCACUUCUGAGUUUUGCUGCAGAACACGUGCCUCGGGCAAAACACAAAGAGACCCCUCUCUAUAUCCUCUGUACAGCUGGGAUGAGAAUCCUGCCAGAAAGUCAGCAAAAAGCCAUAUUGGAAGAUCUUCUGACGGACGUCCCACUACACUUUGACUUUCUGUUCUCCAGCUCUCACGCUGAGGUUAUUUCAGGGAAGCAAGAAGGCGUCUACGCUUGGAUUGGCAUCAACUUUGUGCUUGGGCGGUUUGAGCAUAUCGAAGAUGAUGACGAGGCAGUGGUGGAGGUGAACAUUCCUGGUGCUGAAAGCCAAGCAGCCAUUGUCCGCAAAAGGACAGCAGGCAUUCUGGACAUGGGCGGAGUGUCUACCCAGAUAGCGUAUGAAGUCCCCCAAAGUGAAGAAGUGGCCAAAAAUUUACUUGCUGAAUUCAACCUGGGCUGUGACGUCCAUCGGACUGAGCACGUGUACAGAGUGUAUGUGGCCACGUUCCUUGGCUUUGGUGGCAAUGCAGCUCGGCAGAGAUAUGAAGACAGUCUAUUUACCCACACCAUGCAGAAGAACAGGCUCCUGAGUAAGCAGACGGGUCUCACUUCUGACACUCCAUAUCUGGACCCUUGCCUACCCUUAGACAUUCAGGACGAAAUUCAGCAGAAUGGGCAAACCAUGUACCUGCGCGGAACUGGAGACUUCACGCUGUGCCGGAAGACUCUCCAGCCUUUCAUGAACAAGACAAACGAGACUCAGACUUCCCUCAAUGGGGUCUAUCAGCCUCCGGUUCAUUUCCAGAACAGCGAAUUCUAUGGCUUUUCGGAAUUCUACUAUUGCACUGAGGACGUGUUAAGAAUGGGGGGAGAUUACAAUGCUGCUAAGUUUAUUAAAGCUGCCAAGGAUUAUUGUGCAACCAGGUGGUCCAUCUUGCGGGAACGCUUUGACCAAGGACUCUAUGCCUCUCAUGCCGACCUGCACAGGCUGAAAUAUCAGUGCUUUAAAUCUGCCUGGAUGUAUGAGGUGUUUCACAGGGGCUUCUCAUUUCCAGUGAAUUAUAGCAAUUUAAAGACGGCCCUGCAGGUCUAUGACAAGGAAGUGCAGUGGACUCUGGGAGCCAUCCUGUACAGAACCCGGUUCCUACCUUUGAGAGACAUUCAGCAGGAGAACUUCCGGGCCAGCCACGCUCACUGGCGAGGCGUCUCCUUCGUCUACAACCACUACCUGUUCUCUGCCUGCUUCCUGGUCGUGCUCUUAUCCAUCCUGCUGUAUUUGCUGCGCCUGCGGCGAAUUCACCGGCGGGUGCUGUGGGGCAGCUCUGCGGCCUCCCUCUGGAUGGAGGAAGGCCUUCCACCCCAGAAGAUGGCCGGAGCCUUGUGAGCCGGGGCCGCGGCGCCCCAGGACACUAGGAAAGAAAAAGCCAUUUUUGCCUCAGGGGUUCUUCUCAUUUCUCCCCCUUAUUUUCCUCCCCAUUCGGUCCCUUAAAAUAACAACAAAACCAUUUUUGAAAAGCCUGCUUUCCCAGCAGUACGGUGAGGCCACUUAUUUUUGGAAACUGCUUAGGGAGGGGAAAUACUCUUAGUUUGAAUGAACACUGGGGCCAGCAGUUGUUGAGGUUUUCAUUUUUAAACAGUUGUUAAAGUGAACACAUUUCCCCAUCUGGGGCAAGGGGAGGACCAUGAGGAGCACCCAGGGACGCAGAGGAUUCUGUCUGCUGCCCCCAAGGGGAGGCUCUGUGCUGAGACAAAAAGCCUAUCGGCCAAGGUUCGGUUCUGCUUCCUUCUUAGCCUAGAUUAGGGAAGUGGCUGUUGGAUUUGUAUUUAUUUUUAUUUUUCAGGCCUGCUGCUCUAAGGUCUCAUGGAAGAGAGUUUAAAGUCCUGAACCGCCCAAACAGACCAGACCAGGGUAGGGUUGACACUUCCCAAAUGGGGAGGAAGAGACCCGUAACAUGUGAAGUGUGGGUUGGCCUGCGCGUGCGUGUGUACAACAUGGGGGCGGAUUUGAGGGAGGCUGAGGAAGGCUCUUUCUUAAAACGAAGACAGACUUCAAGAAUGAGCUCGCUUCAUUCGCCUUGAGAAACCCCCCUUGAGUGAGACGUCCUUGUCCUGCCUCCCCUUUGUCUCCCCAUCCCGUCUUUUGUCUCCUGGCUAGCCUUUCCGGGCCCGGCACGGUCUGGAGUGAGGCGUUAAGAACGCCUGCAUUUGCUCGUCUGGGUUCUUGAUUGAAAGGGGCGCCCACGAGCUUUCCUUUGUAGGUGGGAAACAUCAGCGGGUGGGGACUCGCCUCUCGGUGAUGAAGAGGCUGCCACAGCAGGGCUCUCGUGGAUGCAGGCGGAGGAGAGUGCAGGCUUUGGGCCACGUUCAGACGCUUGAAUAUCCGAAAAAAACAGUGUCUAUUCAGGAAAACCUAGUCAGAACCCAGGUGGGGGGCGGCCCCCGCCCUCCAAAGUCCUGGUUGGACAGGCUUGGGGUGUUUGAGACUCGUUGCUGCCUCCUUUUGGGGCUCUUCGCUCGGCUGGCCCUCGCUUCUCCCCGCCAUGAUUUUAAAGGGGGAUGCAAGGUGGAAUUGGCCAGCGGGGCCGGUUACCCAACCGUUUGAGAACCGUUUGGCUGUGAGUCGGCUUUCCUUAAAUACUCUGAUAAUAUAAAUGCACCGUCUGAGGAAGCGGUGCAGAGGGCAAAGUCUGUGAAUUCUCUAAAGACGGAAGUCCCCAAAUGCAGAAGUUGGUAGGGUGUUCUCUCCCCUCCCCCAAGUCAGAGGGUUGGAGAGAGCCUGCGGUGACUAGGCCGCGGCACUUUAGCGAGGGGCUUUGGAACUUGGAGCCCCGGACAGCAGUCUCUGUGGGGGGGGGGCAUGGGGUGAGCGGGCCGGCUCGGAGGAGGUGCUCCCCAGACUGGAGCUGAGGCCAGGCAUCCGCUCGCGCCAGCGAAGACACUAAAGGAGCCUGGGUCCGGGCUGUAGCCGAGUGCCUGCUUCCCUGCCAUCCCCUGGGGCCUGCCCUGAGCUAGGUCUUCCCGGUGUCGGUUCCUAAACCCUGCUUGGGUAGGCUUCAGCCGGGCCUGCCUUUUAUCGGGAGGCUGUUUCCCACAGAUCCGUCUCAUGGUGGGAACUGCUCCGGGCCCUCCCCCUUCAGAGCGCCCGAGAGGCCAGGCUGGGGCUUCACCAGAAAGCAAGUAGCCAAAUGGACGAGUCGGUGAUUGGCAAUCGUGUCAACCAUUCUCGGGCCAAGUAGGAAGCAUGAGGACGUCCCCUUUGUGCCGAGCGCCGUCUUCCCCACGGGGCGAGCCGGCCAGUGCUGAUCGGCGUGCCGCUGUGUGGGGUCAUUGGCUGCGGACCGCCUCGAGUCCCUGCUCCGCAGAGCUCAGAUACGCUGUCACUUGGGGAGUCGUUUUCUGGCGGAAAUUUGCACCAACAUUUACUCCCAGAAACCUUCAGGCCACAGUACUGGGCAGAGAGAGGCCGAGCCUUGAGGCCCUGUUUUAGACCCUAAAAGGCAGAUCAAGCUGCGUAGGUGGGUGGUUGGCGGGCCUGCAACGCCUCAAAGAACUAGGCCGUUGUGGAGACGCCUCGGGGAAGGCAGCUUUUUCUCCCCAUGCAAGCUCUCGGAUACUCUGAAAUCUGUCCGUGCACCCGGGUUAAGAGCCAGAGUGACCGGAGAAGCGGAUGCCUUAAAAAGGGAGACGGGGUCCUGGGUGCGAAUGUGGCCUCGCCCUUCUUAGCAGUGUGACCUGGCCGGUCAGGGCCUGGGUUAGGAACUGUGAAGCGUUGUACAAUUGGCUUAGCGUGGACACGGAAACGUGCCCACAGUUUAAAAGUGAUGAGAUGGCAUUUCCCUGUGACCUGUGGCUGUUGUCUAUUUACAUUUCACAAUCAAGCCCCAUGAAGUAAAUGUAGCUUACAAGCAGUAUCUCUUAGAAGGUUAAGCCACCGAAAUAGGGUUCGAAAGCAUCCCAACCCCCCUCCCCGUCUAUGGCUUCACGUGAUAUUUAAGGCCUUGAAGGUCCGUUUGGGUUUGGCCAUUUCUGCCCGUGGCUCGGGACAAUCCGCCAUUCCUACCCUGCUUUACAAGCGAUGGGAGCAGUGCAGGAGAAUUGGGCACCUGUUGCUGAAAUGAUGGAGUUUUACUGUUAGGAAUUGCAGAAAAGAUGGGGAUGUGUUUAAAUUAAACUUGUUCUUUAUCAAAUGGAUGUUUCCUUUCAGAGUCGCUGAUUCUUGUUUUGGGAAGCUCUGGGGUGGGAUCUCGGCCCAGGCCCCGGAGCCUUUCCUUGUCCCUGCUGCAGCAGCCCCCGUUGGCACACCUAGCGGACACUGACGGGUGCUGAGAAUCAAUAAAGUAGAAAUUCAUGACGUU